CGCUGCCACCACCCAACCGAAAUUCCCUGCUAAAAAAUGACAAUCAUGACCUAACCUCAAAAACUCGAUAAUUUAUCGCACUUUUUGCAAUGUUGGAGGGCGUCAAGCACGUUAUCUUGGUCCUUUCGGGCAAAGGCGGUGUCGGCAAGUCAACCGUCAGCACCCAGUUGGCCCUAACUUUGAAAGAAAAGGGUUUUAAGGUCGGCUUGCUUGACAUCGACUUGUGCGGCCCCAGCGUCCCAUACUUGCUCCAACUGGAGGGCAAGGACGUCCACCAGACCGAUGGGGGCUGGGUCCCUGUGUACGCCGACAACGACCAGAAACUGGCAGUAAUGUCGAUCGGCUUCCUGCUGAAUAGCCGGGACAGUGCGGUGGUGUGGCGCGGGCCGAAAAAAACCGCAAUGGUUAAGCAGUUUUUGACGGAUGUUUGUUGGGGCGACUUGGACUAUCUCCUAAUCGAUACGCCCCCCGGUACCUCCGACGAGCACAUAAGCGUGAUGGAGGCCCUCAAAGCGGUGAAGUGCGAUGGGGCUAUAAUUGUGACCACCCCCCAGCAAGUCUCCAUAGAAGACGUGCGGAAAGAAAUCACAUUUUGUAAGAAAACCGAAAUCCCGGUGCUUGGAAUUAUCGAAAACAUGAGCGGUUUCGUGUGCCCCUCGUGUACCGAAUGCACCAAUAUUUUCAGUAAAGGGGGCGGGGAGGCCUUGGCACAACUAGCCCAAGUCCCGUUUUUGGGGGUUUUGCCCAUUGACCCCCGGGUUGGGGCUCUUUUGGGCAAGGCGUGCGUCACAGAACUGCCAGACUCGCCCUCAGCCAAGACGUUCAAUACCAUUGUACAGAAAAUAACUUGAUGUAUUAUUUUUAUUAAAAAAACUUUGUGUGGACUAA